CAUCAUCAUCAUCAUCAUCAUCACGGUCGGAAGUGUAUUUGUACCCUAAUCGCCGAUACUUGGGACGCGAGGAACAGGCGGUGGGGAAGGAGAGGAGGGAAGAGGGAGGAGGAGAAACACUUCGCUUGACUUCGCUGAAGACGCGGACUGCUUCAGAAGGAAAUGGAUCCUUUGACGGAUGAAGAUAUUAACUUCAUAACAGAAGAAACAUUUGAUUUUGGAGUGAAUUUUCCAGCGGAAAGCCAAGGAAUAUCAUUUAAAAAUGAUACCAACGAAGAGGCCCUCAUUGGGCCGGUCAAACACUUGGAGAGGUGUGUUGCCAUGGGCAUUGAUGUGAACAGCAAAAACGGGAACCAGCAGAAAGCCAACGAAACAGUGCUGAAGUGGAGCCCCUUGAGUGCUGAAAAGCUAGUGGAAAUAGUGAAAGAAGCAAAUCGCCUGGCGAAUCAGUUUGAAAAGUGUGCCUUAAAGGAGAAGGAAAAUGCAAACAAACAGGGGAAAGAGGGAAGAAGUGGCGACCGAUCAAAUUUGGGAAAGGGAAACUCCAAAGCCAAACUCCGAAUUGUACGUGAAGAAAGGGAGCGCAAGCACAGCCAACGGAGUCCAAGGAGAGAGACAUUUGUUGUACUCGACAGUCCAAACAAAGCUCUGCUACCUUCUGUGGAUCUGUCGUCUUCAGAUCCUAAGAUAAUGAGUGAGAACAGUCCGUUCACUAGUAUCGGAAAAGUACACAGUGAUAUUCAAUCUCAAAGCACCAACUGUAAAAUAGAGCAGAACAGUGAGUGCGGAUGUUUAACCUCUGAUAACCCAACGCCAGGGAGAGAAACAAACCUACCGAAAGAAAGCAAAGAUGUUAUUAAAAAGUCAGUGCUUCCAAAACCAUCUGGCCUGAAGCUUCCGUCUGCUUUAAACAGGAAAGGAAAUGCUCAUUCCACUUCUCCAAUUAAGCCUUAUCAAUAUUCUCCUUCUAAGGAAUCAAGGACUUUUGCAUCAGCAGCCAGUAUAAAACAAACCAAAGUUGCAUCAUUGAACAAUUCAGUAAAACGCCCAGAUAUUUCUGGAAAGAGUCCCAUCUCACGCAGUAAUUCUAGCAAAGUAUCGAUGGUACCAGGGAGCAAGAUGUCUACCUCCUCGAUCUCUUCGAAAACCUGCACUGAGGGGAGAAGCAAGCAACUCACUGGAGCUAGCAGAUCUGCUAGUGUAGGGACCAGCAGUCGCCUACAGCCACCAAGCAAGCUUAUUCCUCCUGGAAAUCAUUUAAAACCUGGGACCUUCUCACACAUUCACACUGGCAUCAAAAUUCAAAGGGCCAAUUCAGAAGUACUUAAGAGCAAGACACCGGAACAACUUCUAAAAACCAAAGUUGCUUCAACCAGACAUCCAAACGCAUCUACCUCUGCAACUCAAAGUAGGCUGCUUCCACCCAAAAAAGGGAUUUCAAGUCAUAUCAAAAGAUAAUUGAUUUUAGUUGAACAAAAUGAAGUCUUCAGUGAUGCAGGAGCCAAGAAAAAGUUCUGAAAAUUGCCAUUGAUGUGGCACACAGCAGGAUUCCUUAAGAACCUAUUCUUGAAAGCUCCCUCAGACCAUAAAGGGAAAAUGCUAGCUAAAAAAUGCUUUGAAUACUAAAGACGUUAACACUAAUACAUUGCAAAUGUGAGAUAAUUCAAGUAUGCUUAGGAGUAUAGGCUUCCAAGUAUCUAGGUGAAAGACAAUUUACAGCCCCGCUUAAAGCUGUAUGGCCUGUUAUGUGUAUAGUUUCUUUCCAAAUGAUUAACCACUAAAUGAAUACAGCAACUACGACAACAAAUUACAUUUAGAGAGUGUCUUUCAUGUCGGGAGGACGUCCUAAGGCGCUGGACCCCCUACCUCUCUGACCUCUCCCCUCACAGCAGUGCCUGUUGCCUUCGCUUCACCGGGUCUGGCCUCCUCAUCCCCCGAAUCCUCCGCUCUACCAUCAGCGGCUGUGGCUUCAGCCACUACGCCCCGAGGCUCUGAAACUCCCUUCCUCACUCCCUUCGCCUUGC